AAGAUGGCGGGCGGCGGGGGCCGGCUUCCGCUUCCGGUGUGAGCAGCCGGGCCGGGGGGGCAAAAUGGCGGCGGCAGUAAGGAUCCGCGGCCGGUGCGAGCUGCCGCCGUGCUCCGGCCCAGGCUGGCUCCUCAGCCUUUCCGCCUUGCUGAGCGUGGCGGCUCGAGGGGCCCUCGCCACCACGCACUGGGUCGUCACGGAGGACGGGAAGAUCCAGCAGCAGGUGGAUUCACCAAUGAACUUGAAGCAUCCCCAUGACUUAGUCAUAUUAAUGAGACAAGAAACAACAGUUAACUACCUCAAAGAAUUGGAGAAGCAAUUAGUUGCUCAAAAAAUUCAUAUAGAAGAGAAUGAGGACAGAGAUACAGGACUGGAACAGAGACAUAAUAAAGAAGAUCCAGACUGCAUCAAAGCCAAAGUGCCCUUAGGGGACCUGGAUCUGUAUGAUGGCACAUACAUAACUUUGGAAAGCAAAGACAUCAGCCCUGAAGAUUAUAUAGACACAGAAUCUCCUGUCCCUCCGGACCCUGAGCAACCUGAUUGUACCAAAAUUCUAGAACUUCCAUAUAGUAUACAUGCUUUUCAACACCUGCGAGGUGUACAAGAGAGAGUUAAUCUUUCUGCACCUCUAUUACCUAAAGAAGAUCCAGUCUUCACAUAUUUAUCUAAACGACUAGGAAGAAAUAUAGAUGAUAUAGGUCACCUCAUUCAUGAAGGCCUGCAGAAGAAUUCUUCCUCAUGGGUACUGUAUAACAUGGCUUCAUUUUAUUGGAGAAUAAAGAAUGAGCCGUAUCAAGUAGUGGAAUGUGCCAUGCGAGCACUUCACUUCUCUUCCAGGCACAAUAAAGACAUUGCCCUGGUCAACUUGGCAAAUGUUCUGCACAGAGCACACUUCUCUGCAGAUGCUGCUGUUGUGGUCCAUGCAGCUCUGGAUGACAGUGACUUCUUCACCAGCUAUUACACUUUGGGAAAUAUAUAUGCAAUGCUGGGGGAGUAUAACCACUCAGUGCUCUGUUAUGACCAUGCUUUGCAGGCCAAACCUGGGUUUGAGCAAGCUAUAAAGAGGAAGCAUGCUGUCCUUUGUCAGCAAAAACUCGAGCAGAAAUUGGAAGCCCAACAUAGAUCCCUCCAGCGAACACUGAAUGAGUUGAAAGAAUAUCAAAAACAGCAUGACCACUACCUGAGACAGCAGGAGAUCCUAGAAAAACAUAAGCUGAUUCAGGAGGAGCAAAUCUUAAGAAAUAUCAUCCAUGAGACACAGAUGGCAAAAGAGGCACAGUUAGGAAAUCAUCAGAUAUGCCGUCUAGUCAACCAGCAGCAUAGUUUACAUUGCCAGUGGGACCAACCUGUGCGCUACCAUCGUGGAGAUAUUUUUGAAAAUGUGGACUAUGUUCAGUUUGGUGAGGAUUCAUCAACCUCCAGUAUGAUGUCUGUGAAUUUUGAUGUUCAGGCAAAUCAGAGUGAUAUCAGUGAUUUGGUCAAGUCUUCUCCCGUAGCCCAUUCCAUUCUCUGGAUCUGGGGCAGGGAUUCUGAUGCAUAUAGGGACAAACAGCAUAUUCUUUGGCCUAAAAGAGCAAAUUGUGCAGAAAGCUAUCCUAGAGUCCCUCUUGGCGGGGAAUUGCCAACGUAUUUUCUGCCUCCGGAAAACAAAGGACUCAGGAUCCACGAACUCAACAGUGAUGAUUAUUCUUCAGAAGAAGAGGCCCAAACCCCUGACUGUUCCAUAACUGACUUCAGAAAAAGCCAGACUCUGUCCUACUUAGUCAAAGAAUUAGAGGUCCGCAUGGAUCUGAAAGCCAAAAUGCCAGAUGACCAUGCACGAAAAAUUUUGCUUUCCCGUAUUAAUAACUAUACUAUCCCAGAAGAAGAAAUUGGGUCAUUCUUAUUUCACGCUAUUAAUAAGCCAAAUGCCCCCGUCUGGCUGAUACUCAAUGAAGCUGGACUCUAUUGGAGGGCAGUAGGAAACAGCACUUUUGCUAUUGCUUGUCUUCAGAGGGCUUUGAAUUUGGCUCCACUUCAAUACCAGGACAUUCCUCUUGUGAAUUUGGCCAACCUUUUGAUUCACUAUGGUCUCCAUCUUGAUGCCACUAAGCUGCUGCUUCAAGCUUUGGCCAUCAAUAGCUCUGAGCCCCUGACCUUUUUGAGCCUGGGAAAUGCUUAUCUUGCUCUGAAGAAUAUCAGUGGGGCACUUGAGGCCUUUAGACAGGCUUUGAAAUUAACUACCAAAUGCCCAGAAUGUGAAAACAGCCUGAAAUUGAUACGCUGUAUGCAGUUUUAUCCUUUUCUAUACAACAUCACCUCUUCUGUUUGCAGUGGUAAUUGUCAUGAGAAAACCCUGGACAACAGCCAUGACAAACAGAAAUAUUUUGACAACUCACAGUCACUGGAUGCUGCCGAAGAAGAGCCCUCUGAGACAGGAACAGAGGAGGAGCCUGUACUCUCUGUUGAGAAUUCAGGGAGGGAUUCAGAUGCCCUUAGACUUGAAAGUACAGUGGUUGAGGAGAGCAAUGGUUCUGAGGAGAUGGAGAAUUCAGAUGAAACAAAAAUGUCUGAAGAGAUACUGGCUUUGGUGGACGAAUUUCAACAGGCAUGGCCCCUGGAAGGCUUUGGGGGAGCCCUGGAGAUGAAAGGGCGGCGUCUGGACUUGCAGGGGAUACGAGUGCUGAAGAAGGGUCCCCAGGACGGAGUGGCCAGAAGCUCUUGCUACGGAGACUGCAGAAGUGAAGAUGAUGAAGCCACAGAAUGGAUCACAUUCCAGGUCAAACGUGUCAAGAAACCCAAAGGAGAUCAUAAGAAAACUCCUGGGAAAAAGGUAGAACAGAAUCAAGCAGAAAAUGUACAGCGUUACCAAGCGAACCUGGAGAUCACUGGCCCAAAGGUGGCAUCUCCUGGGCCACAAGGAAAAAAGCGUGACUACCAGAGUCUGGGAUGGCCCAGCCCAGACGAGUGCCUCAAACUCCGCUGGGUAGAGCUGACUGCCAUCGUGAGUACCUGGCUUGCAGUUUCUUCAAAAAACAUUGACAUCACAGAACACAUUGACUUUGCCACUCCAAUACAGCAGCCAGCGAUGGAGCCUCUUUGCAACGGCAAUCUCCCCACGAGCAUGCACACCCUGGACCACUUGCACGGGGUCUCCAACCGGGCCAGCCUUCACUACACGGGUGAGAGUCAGUUAACAGAGGUACUGCAGAAUCUUGGCAAAGACCAAUAUCCACAGCAGUCACUCGAACAAAUUGGCACGCGAAUUGCCAAAGUUUUGGAAAAGGUAAGCCUGCCCCUUCUCCAGCCUCCAACAGUGAUUUCCUCUGUGCUUUUCCAGCCUCCGUUAAGUCUCACUGAUGCUCAGCAGUUGUAUUCAACCCAGUCCUAGAACACCACAGGUUCUAAGUUUCUGUUACGGCAGCACUCCAUUCUGAAUACCAAACAGUAUUUCAGUUAUCCACUUCUGCCUCAGAAACCAGCCCAGAAUUUACUGGCUUCCGACAAAACCGUUAUGUGCUCAAGAUUGUGCAGUCUGAGCUAGACUCAGCUGGGCAUUUCUUCUGGUCUCACUUGGAGUCGCUCAUGCUACUGCAGACAUGUAGAGACUCGCCUGGGCCUGGCCACCAAAGAAGCUUUCACUCGCAUGUCUGAUGCGUCCACUGGAGUGGCUGGGAUAGCUGGGGCACAGCUGGGAAGCUCUGUCUCGGGAGUCUCUCCGGCAGGGUAGCUGGCCCUUUCUCCGUGGUGGCUCGGGGCUCCACAAGGGGGAAAACAGAAGCACGCCGGCCUCUGAGCGCCUUUGCGAGCCUAUGCGUAGCAGAACUGCAGUGGCAUCACUCUGUCCAAGCGAGUGCCAGCGCGCCUGCUCAAAGCCAAAGGCAGGGGAAACGUCCUGCAUUUGCUAGUCAUGACAGAGAAUACAUGGCCCAUCUUUAACGCGCCGUGGGUCCCUCCAGAGGAGCAGCGGGACUGACAGCAUCUCAACAGAGAUGGUAGAAACCAGAGGCCAGUGUAACAACAUCUUUCAAGCUGGAAGAAAAAAGCUGCAAGCCUAGAAUUUUAUACCAGCAAACAUGUCCUUCAAAUAUUAAGGUGAAAUAAAGAUGAGUUCAAAGAAACGAAAAUUCAGACAAUCUGGCACCAGUGGGCCUGCACUGAAAUAAUAAUUAAAGAAAGUUCUCAGGAAAAUAUCCCAGAUGGAAAUAUUGACAUGCAGGAGGGACUGAGGAACGCCGGGAAGACAAAUGUGAAUGAACGGUAGCUGUACAAAAUCAUACCUGCAGGACCCUGAGGCGCCGCACUUUUACGUUAUCACUAAAAUCCACGGUAACAAUAACAGAUGAUGAGAGGGAAGUAAAUGGAGUUUAAAAGUUUUAAGGUUUAACUGGUAUCAGCCAAGUACUAAAGUAAUAAUUUGCAUGGGACUGUGAUAAGUAAAAAUACAGUUUUAAGCUCUAGGCUAACUACUAACAAUGGUUUUAAAAUGUAAUUUAACAGAAGGAAAAUGGAAUAAUAUAAAACAUUUGAUUAAUCUGAAGAAAGUCAGGAAAGGAAAAGGCACAUAAAAAUAAAACACAAAUGGUAAAAUAGGAAGUAUAGAUCCCAAGCAUAUCAGUAGUUAGGUAAAAAAAGUUAUAUAAUUUAUGCAUUUAGUAUAGAAUGGAUUUUUUAAAUUCAACUAUAUGCUGCUUAUAAGAGAAACACUUUAAAUAUCAGGCACAGAAGUAUUGAAAGUAUGAAGACGGAAAAUAAUAUACCAUGCAAACAAUAAAAAAAAGGUGAUAGAGCGAUACUCUCAUCAGAAAAAAUAGACUUUGGGGCACCUGGGUG